AUGUCUGGCACGGCUACCGCUAGAAGUCAGUCAGGAAACCUCUCUGGAGAUGGCAAGAGGAAGCCAGCACGAAGAGCGCCGGCUCGUCCCAGCUCAAGUGUGAUACUUAUCUCUCCAGAUCUUGAGAUCCUGCUCCUGCAUCGUAUACAGACAUCCUCUUCCUUUCCAUCAGCGCACGUCUUUCCAGGUGGGCAUAUCGACAAGCCAGAUGGACACAUUCCAGAAAAUGGAAUCGAGCGCUAUCAGGAUAACUGGGCUUACCGUGUAGGAGCUCUCCGGGAACUGUUUGAAGAGACCGGGAUACUGCUCGCCAGGCAGGAUGAGAAAAGCCAAAAAUUGAUAUCUAUGCCCCAAAAAAGCCGCGAAGAGGGACGCAAAUUGGUUCAUUCCGGCAAGAUUUCAUUCCAGGCCUGGCUCACUCAGCAGAGUCCAGAUGCUGUCCUAGACACUGAUGGUCUCAUCCCCUUCAGCCAUUGGGUCACUCCACCCAACACCCCUCGCCGCUUCGCAACCCAAAUGUACCUCCACGCACUAUCUUCCUCUGACGACUCGCACCCUCCAGCAUCCGGCCUGAGCACCACGCCCACAACCACAGCAGACUUCACACCAACGCCCGACAACAACCUCGAAAACACAUCCACCACCUUCCACCCAGCCCACCACUGGCUCCAUCUCGCCCAAUCGGGCAAGAUAAUCCUCUUCCCGCCUCAAUUCCUCCUGUUACACCUGAUAUCAAGAUUCCUCGACGACAACGCCCUGCCCGCCGCGCAACGGGUCCAAAAGCUGAAAGAUUUCAUCUACCACGGACCAGCAGAUGGGAGUCCCUCGUGGGCAGAGAAAUGUAUCUCUCCCUACGUUUUGCCGAUGCAUAAUCCACGCCGAGAUGAAAGGGCGGUUCUGGCGCUGGAUAAGUCGGGGCCGGAGAUGGAGGAGCUAGGGUCCGGGUCGCGUGGAGAUUGGGAGAGAGUGGUGUUGUUCAGGUGGCGUAAGGAGGGGCCUAGGGAUUUGGAGGUUAGAGGUAGGAGGGAGGUGCAGGAGGAGGGUAGGGUGAAUGGGAAUGGGAAUGGGAAUGGGAAUGGGAAUGGGAAUGGGAAUGGGAAUGGGAAUGGGAAUGGGAAUGGGAAUGGGAAUGGGAAUGGGAAUGGGAAUGGGAAUGGGAAUGGGAAUGGGAAUGGGAAUGGGAAUGGGAAUGGGAAUGGGAAUGGGAAUGGGAAUGGGAAUGGGAAUGGGAAUGGGAAUGGGAAUGGGAAUGGGAAUGGGAAUGAGCAGGAGGAUAGAAGCGAGAGGGCUGUGAAAUUGUGA